CAUGAAUCUGGAGGAGAAUUUCUUCCAGUAUUUCCAGGAAGACGAAGAUCACACGACCUUCCCCAAGCUCCCUGUCCCUACUACUUCAACUCCAUUUGACGAUUUCACCCUUCAUCCGGUGGAGCAGCACAGAGAGCCAUCGGAGGAGACCACUCAAAAUGGGUUCAGGCCUUGGAAGUGGAAAAGUCCAUUUAGUCCAAUUCCCAAGAGAGUGAGGGUUGGGUGAGUGGGAU